AUGGCAAACAUUCUUAUUCAUUCAGCAAUACCAUCUCCUCUUACCAAUACUGAUUCUGCAUCAAACUUUAUCGUUGAUACUCCAACAGAGACUUCUCAUACAGAUAAUAAUAAAUAUAAUGGUCAUGUUACUCGAUUACGUAAUAUAUUCACAGAACAUUCAUUAAUGGCAAAUAAAUUAAAUUCAGAUGAUUAUCCAUUACUAACAAAUAUUCAUCCAACAAAUUAUCAUGAAACAAAAGAAAACUUUCAAACAUUAAAUGAUCCAUCAAUAUGUAAUAAUGCACCAUUAAUGACAACAAAAGCAAUGGCUAAUAAACAUCAAGAACAUAAUCAUAAUACAUCCGCACAAUCAAUGAGUAGUACAUUAUCAAAUCGAUCAUAUGAUGUAGUUUCGAAUCCACCAAAUGAAGAUGCUCCUCCUUAUGCAAUAAUUAAUCGAAGAUAUUCAAAUGCAGAACAACAUUAUGAUUAUCCUUCUGAUACCAUUUUAAAAUUAAAAAAACAUCAACGGGAUGAAAAUGAUCCAAAAAAUGAACAAAUAACAACUCGUUUUUUACCAUUUAAUGUUCUUAAACGUAUGGAUCAUCUGAAUACAGUUUUUGUUAAACCGACAAAAAUUGAACAAUCAUUACCGAAAUUAAUUUUUCAAGAUAAUAAUAAUAAUAAUAAUAAUAAUAAUAAUAAUACAAAACAAGAACAAUUAAAAACAGUUGAAAAUCCAAUAUUUCAUGAAGCCGUUUGUGCACAUGUUGAUGACAGAUCAUCAACACCAUUGUUUUAUGAAAAACCUGGUUUACCAGAAACUAGCGAUGAUACAUUAUCAAAUGAUACUAGACGAGUUAAAUUUAGUAAUGCACCAAUUCGAGUUUAUCCAACAUAUUCACCAAGUGAAUAUGAUCGACGAAAUGAAGAUAUUAAUCCAUUUGCAGCAGCUGCUGAAUAUGAAUUAGAAAAACGAAUUGAAAAAAUGAAUAUAUUUACUGUUGAAGUUGAAAAAGGACCUGAUGGUCUUGGUAUUAGUGUACUGGGAAUGGGUGUUGGUGCUGAUAGUGGAUUAGAAAAAUUAGGUAUAUUUGUAAAAUCUCUUAAUCCUCAGGGAAUAAUUGCUAAAGAUGGACGUAUUCAAGUCGGUGAUCAAAUCAUCGAAGUAAAUGGACAAUCACUUGUCGGGGUAACACAUGCAUGUGCUACAAAUGUUCUUAAAACAACAUCUGGUGUUGUAAAAUUUAUUAUUGGUCGUGAAAAAGAACCUGAAAAAUCUGAAAUUUUUGCACUUAUUCAACGAUCUCUACAAUUAGACCAACAACAUGAAGAUAUAUCAGACACAUUUCAACAAUAUCAUGAUGCAUAUUAUGAACAAAAUUUUCAUGAUGUUGAAGAUGAAGAGGAGCCAACUGAUGAAAAAAUGUCAAAUGAAUUUGAAAUUGAAAUACUUAAACAAUGUUAUGAAUCAUUAGAAAGAACUUUAGAUAAUACAGAAAAAGAAAAACAACAAUAUCAGCAACUUUAUCUCCAAGCCCAAAAGGAUUUAAAACAAAUAGAAGAAAAAUAUUUUCAAGCAACAAUAUUAAUUAAAGAUUUACAAGAUCGAGAUACAAAAUUACGACAACAACAAAUAGAAAUAUCUGAACGACAAGACAAACAUAUCAAAGAAUUAAUGAAAAAGAUUGAAGAACUUGAAAAAGUGAUUGCUACGACCGUUAAAUCUGAAAAUAGUCUAUCGUCUCUCAAGACUACUGAAAUGACAGCAUCGUAUCCAUCUGAUGUAUCUGACCGUACAGCAUUUCGAUCUCGUACAAGUUCUGGUCAAAAUCCUAUGACAUUAUCAUCAACUCGCAUUCCAUCGUUAUCAUUAGAAAAAAUAUUAACUCGUUCACAACAAGAUCUCGAACCUUUAUCAAUACGUACAACAACUAUUACUAAUAAUAAAUCUAGUGAUCAACUUGAUCGAAGUUCACCAAUACAUAAACGUCCUCUGAUUAAAGCAUGUACAAUAAACGUUCCAUCAAUGCAUGUUUCAACUCCAUCACUUGGUGAAAUUUCAAAUGAUUCCUAUAUGAUUGAUAAUAAAUUUGGUACUACAAGAGAUCUAACAAUGGAAAAAACAAGAACCCAAGGAUUUUCAAGUGAUGAGUAUAUUGAGAUAAAAGAUUGGACAACCGAUCAAUGUAUUCAAUGGUUAACAAUUGAAAGAUUAACAUCAUUUAUUCCUACAUUUCUCAAUCGUAAUAUAGAUGGUGAGAAAUUAUUAGUACUUGAUGGAUCAAAAAUGAAGGCAAUGGGUAUUAAAUCAAGUAAAGAUCGUGAUCAAUUAAAAACGAAAAUAAAAGAAUUAAAAAAUCUUGAACUUAAUCGAUUACGUGAACGACUUCUUACUCAACCUUCAUUAUCUCAACGAUCUGGCCGUAGUGAAAAGAAAUCACGUUCAUCAAGUUUAACAAAAAUCAAAGAACGAAGAUUUUUUAGUAGUAGUUUUGGAAAAUAG